UUUGCCUUUGACUCUGGAGCACACAUUCAUUUAAUUUCCAAAUUUUGGUGAUAUAACAAGAAAGAUUCGGCUAUGUUACUCUAAACUUUUUUAUAGUGCAGAACUAAAACUUGAGUGAUGUCGAAUGGUUUUUUUAAGCAGUGAAAAAAUUAAAGUGCAAUUUGGCAGCUACAUAAAACAUACAAAUUCUUAUCGUAUCUUAUCUUAUGUGCCAGACUGUCAGAAGAAGCGCGCUCAGCUCGGGCAAGGAUGAGGCAUGCAUCAGAAUGACCGGCAGAGCUACCCGACAGUCAAUGACAUAAGGCGGCCCUCAUCAACGUCAGCGUGCAUAAAGACGAUUCCGCUGUGCUACAUGAGCGCAGGGCGGGUAUCAACAACGUCCUAAAGUUAGCAAGUAAAACACCAAUGAAGACUACCAGUCAGAAAAGUCCAAAAAGAAUCCAAUAAAGCGAUCUUCCGCCAGCCGUAGCAGGCCCCAUGAGCUUUGGAUUUCUGCGAAAACCCGUCCAGUAUCCCCGAGGCAUUUGAGGAAUACCACGGUGAGUCCGAGGACACAAGCUGCUCGGUUGAACAACUAAUUUGAAAGCAAAGCAUAUUAAGAGGUCGUACGUAGCACUAAAAUCUAGACCUAAUUUCCUGCAGGUCGACAUGAACUCCCUGGAAAGCUACAAGUUGCCUCCGAUGACUUCAAGCUCUAGUGAUGCCAGGCACCCUGGCAUUUUAUCCAAAUUGACAUCAACAGUUACUGGACCUGGUUUUCCCAGAGUUCCGUGCUUUAUGCUUCUGCUCCUGGCGGUUGAUAUCUUCCUUGGGUUCUUUGGGGAUGAUGGGACUGGUGGGUUCUUUGGCGGUAUAGUUGCUGAUUCUGUGGACGCUGCUGAUAUCUGUCCUGGGCUCGUGUAGAACAUCCGCAUGGCCUGUGCUGCCGGCGAAAGUGCGCGCCCUGUUGUCGAAAAUAUGCUUUCCGUUGACCGACGGGCAGCUGUUUCUGGUCUUCCUGCUGUGCACCCUCAGUCUUGCCCGAGCGACAUGCGAUACUUCUGACUGACCUCCACAGACCUGGCCAACCUGCCUCUGCAGCAGCAACACAAGCAACUGCUGAUUAGUAAUUAAAUGAAGGCUCGAAGAACAAUAUACGUGCAUUAAGUACCAUCCCAAUGGGCUACGUUUGUGAUUGGCUAACAUUCAGCUAGUGGCCGCAAAAGGAAUCGGAGAAGCACCAAACAUCCACGCCACCAUCAGCCUGCUCAAGGCUUUUGAAAAAUUUGUCGGGUGGAUAGUUCGAUAACUGCGCUGUCGGAAUCACAUCGAAAUGCACCCACUUGAAAUCGUCCAUCCCUAAAUUACUAAUAUAGCAAAAUCAAAACAAAACAAAAACAAAAACAACAUUUACCGGAGCCAGGCCAUCAACCAUGAAAAAUGAGCAAAGUACCAUAUCUUUGUUCGCCGAGGAUAUCCUCAGGGAUUACGGCUCGUUCAUGGAGGAGCACGAUGGCGCAAUGAAAUCAUUAAGGAAUGAUAUGCUUAGCUUAAAUACGGUCGAGUCUGUGGCGGUGGUGGCCAUGACAUCUCCAAUAGAACUCAAUUACGGCAGCGGUGCCAGCGGCACAUACUGUGACACGAAUGUGGAGGAAUCCGAGCUGCUGGCCAAUAAGCCAUUAAAAACCUUGGCAAAUCUGUGCAAUCAAUGUCGGGAUCUGUCCCUAACGGCCAAGCAGUAUCAGUUGGCAUUCCUCUUCAACGACUCUCAACUGGGCGACGGCCGACUGCCAGCCGUAUCCGACACUGCCGGGCUGGAGCGAUGCUUACACCGUAUGAGCAGCGCUAUGAAUUUCUUCUGUCAGGUGUACUUUCUGCUCAAACGGAUUAUUGUGAUGGUACAAACUAUUUGGAAACAGAUCAGUGCAUCGGCGGGCAUGCCACUGGACAUCAGCGAAGUACAUUUAUUUACUGUCUUUGAAGCCAUGACUGAACUGCUGGAAGACGUGGUUGUUUUUAAUGAAAUUGCGGAUCAAUCAAAGAUUGCACCCAAGUGGACUCUGUAUAAAAAGUGGCUAACGACGCUGUCCAACAGCAAAGAGACCACUGAGCAAUGCAGCAGCAUGGAGAUGAAUGGCCUGUUGAGCUCCCUCGGUGAUAUAGAGACAAUGAUUGCGGGCAAUCUAUUUGGUAUACUGCUGAACAGUCUGCUGGAGCUGAAGAAGCAAUUCAGCCUGAAAGACGUCCAUCAUAUUAAUCAACAUACCAAUGCAUAUAUUCGUAAAAUAAUGCUUGAAAUUGAGUCAAACAAUGGCAACGACUAUAAACACUACGAGGAGCCCAAGAAUGUGAUACGUCUCACAGCAUUUGUGGCAGUGCUCCAUGAGCUGGGCAUUCAAAUGGAGGCAAAGUUGAUAAAGAGUGUUUUGGAUGUGGCGAGCAGGCAUAAAAGAUUGCCCCUCAAUCAGAGUGUUUGCUGGUCCCCCUCUGCCUUUUUGGCCAGACAUGCCAAGACGCUGAUAAAGACACCGCCCCAAGGCAGGCCGCAAGAUAACCACAAGUCCCAUCACGCGCUCAUGGAGAAGAUCAAGUUGAGCGACCAGAAAAAGUGCCGCCUUCUGGGUACACAGAUAUCCCUGUGGACGAUCCACAUACAGAGGGUGUUUGCUAGCGGUGUCUUUGGUCAGCUGCAAGUCUUCUCGCAGCUGAUCCUCAGGGGCCAAUCGUAUGCGGAUCAAGUAAAUCUAAUGAUGGACUCAUUAAUUAAUCGCCAUGUGGGCCUAACGACACCACUAUCAAAGUCCGAAUGGUUCACUGUGUGCCGUCUGCUUCAGUAUUUAAGAGUUCUCCAAAAGACCUUCGAGUCGAACCAAAUCAAUGUGAUGCGGUACGUUAAUUCCCUCGUCCAAUGGCAGAAACAGAAGGCCCUGCAUCUCCUGUUGAUCACAAAGAAGAAGAUCGUGGAUUUGAAGCUACUGCAACGAAAAGUGAACAUUCUUUCAACGAUUAAGCUGGCCGAGAGAUCCAUCUUGGGUUUGCCCAGCAAAAAACGCUUGACCUUUGUGAAUCUGGCCUUUAGCGAGUUCCUGGAGAAGGAUCGCCUGCUCCCGGCCGACAUGCAAAAGCAAUUUCAAUCGAUACUGUUGCGCGUCAACAAUCUCAGCGAUUUCCAGCGCAACAUCAGGGGACAGUUUGAUUCGACCAGUCUCAUGUACAAUUACUGGUUUAUAAGCACCUCUCUGCUCAAGGAGUUCACAGAGCAGCAGCGUAAUCCUUACAGUUUACAGAACAUAAUUGCAGUGACAAAUCAGCUGGACAAGACUCUGGGUAUAUUCAGGCGCGAUGGUAGCUCCAAGCAAUCGGCCUGUGACCUGGCCAAUGAGUUUCUCAAGACCCAUCUGGAGUUCUUUUUGCGUGUGGAGGCCUUGUCGCAUCUGUUUUUGAACCAGGAUCAACCGUUUCAGACGCAUCUGCUAGACUACCGCAGCUGUGUAAAUGUUGAAGCUAUGGAAUUCCAAGGGGACUACAGCGUUUUAAGAGAUAAUCUUGAGAACUAUUUCACUGAAACAUUCUACAAUUUAACAACCAUCGCACCGCACGACUGGAAAUCAUACGAGAAGAUGCGCCACCUUGCCGACAAGGUGCUCCAGCUGCGUCCCAUCGAUGAUCAUUUGCCCAACCAAAUCAUCGACCAAGGCAUAGAUGUGCUACAGAUCAUGCGUAAUAUCCAUACAUUCGCCUCCUCGUAUGCCUACAACAUGAAUCUGCAGAUCUUUGUAGAGAUGCAGAGCAGGAGCAAGCAUUUGGAUAUCAUUGGCACCCGCCAUGUGGCCAAUUCGGUGCAAACGCAUGGCACUGGCAUCAUCAAUACUACCGUGAAUUUUAUCUAUCAGUUCCUGCGCCAGAAGUUCUACACAUUCUCCACAUUCCUGCACGACGAACAGAUCAAGUCGCGUCUGUUGAAGGAGCUGCGCUAUCACUCGGAGCACAAGCAUACCAACGAAUCGUAUCCGUAUGAACGGGCAGACAUCCUGCUCAAAAAGAUUAAAAAGCUGGGUCUCUCCGGCAACGGCGAGACGUACAUGGACCUAUUCAGGAAGGUGAUAACACAAGUUGGCAAUUCCGUUGGCUAUGUGCGCCUCCUGCAGGCGGGCAGCAAGAGCGCCAACUAUAAAAGUCGCUCGUACAUGUCCAGAUUUCACAGCAGCCUCGUUUGCGGUGGCACCAAAACUCUGCACGAGACCACAGAGUCGGCCAUCAAGGAGUACGAAAAGAGUGUGGAUCAUAUGAAAAAGUGCUAUUCGGACAGCACCAACUACUUUAAGCUCCUGUUGCAAGGCUUUCAGCCGUUUUUGUGCAAUCCAAACAAUUAUCAUUUGAAGACAUUUUUCCUGAUUGCCCCGGCCCUCAUAAUGAACUACAUUGACUAUCGGGUCAAGGAGAAGCUGAAAAUCCACAAGAAAGAUCUGGCCAAGUUCUCGCUCUUUGAGGAUGGCUUUGCCAUUGGGCUGAUCUACAUACUGACGAUGCUCAACCAGCUGGGAGAGUUCCACGAGUUGGGCUGGAGCCAGACGACCAAACAGCAAAUGGAAUUGGAGCGUUCAAAGGUUCGUGACAUACUCGGGGGCCAACAGUCAACGGAUCCGGUCGAUGAGAAGCUACUCCAGACGGUGGCCAUCACAGAAAGGCAUGUGAAUGCCUACGAGCAUGAGUACAAUUUACUUUAUGCCACAUUGAGCAGUGCCGAAAUAUUCUUUCAAUAAAAAUUGUUACUAUUAAACC